CACUACUCCGAAGAAAGCAGUUUGCCACUUCAACGGGAAGACCUAUGCAGAUGAGGAAAGGUGGGACAUUGACAGCUGCACUCACUGCUACUGCCUGCAGGGACAAACUCUGUGCUCUACAGUUAGUUGUCCAGUCCUUCCUUGUGUUGAGCCCAUGAAUGUGGAGGGGAGCUGUUGUCCCAUGUGUUCAGAGAUAUACAUGCCUGAACCUACCAACAUACCUAUUGAGAAAACAGACCAGAGAGGAGAAAGCAAAGCUCAUGUCCCAGUAUGGCCAACAGCCAGUGAGAAUGAGAUCAUGCCUCAGUUCAGAGAGGAAGUGGGGAAUCUGCAGAUGCAAUACUCAGAAGGAAAGGUUCCUGUACCCAGCAAGGACAGCGCUUUCCAUUCAGUGGCCUGGGUGAUACUUCCCAUUAUGAUGACUUUGAUUGCCAUUACUGCUCUCCUCCUCAUCAACCAGAAGAAGCAGUGGAUAUCUGUGCCAUGCUACCGAACUCCAACAAAGCCCACCUGCCUAAACAACCAGCUGGUGUAUGUGGACUGUAAGAAGGGCACUAUGGUGCAAGUGAACAGCCCCCAACGAAUGCUGAGGAUGGCAGAUCCUGACUCAAGAUACAGUGGCUACUACAGCAUGCAGAAACAGAACAACUUGAUGGCAGACAAUUUCUACCAAACUGUGUGAAGAGCACACAGCACCGUUAAGCACUGAAAGAGAAAAUGUAGUGAACUGUACACAGAAAAAAAAAUAAAUAAAAAAAACACAAAACAAAUACAGUAUAAUAAAAAUUAUCAUUGAGAAAAAAUAUAACUGAUUUCUCACUUGCCUGAUGGAUUGUGGUAGGUUUGUGAACUCAUUUUUCAGCUCUGGGACAAGACAGGCUGUCUCCUGCAGCGUGCCCGAUAAUAACAUUCCUGUUUUCUUUCGCAGUGAUAUUCUGACCAAGUGUUUCCUAGAACACUUUAGCACCAAAGUUCUAAAACCUGUUAAAAAUGUAUGUUCUUUUUUAAUAUUAUUGUAGAGGGAAUGGACCUUGUUGGUGUAAGUAUCUUUCAGACUGACUUUAAGACUAGGGAGCAUCUCUCCAGGGCAGACCCAGACAUUGGCUUUCUUUGCUGCUCUGAAACUGCUUUUGACGAAGCCUAAUCCGCUAAAGGACUAAAAAUGAAAAAAAAAAACAUGCCUCCUUUUAAACCUGUUUGCUUGAAGCAUUGCAAUAGACUGGAAACUACAAGGCAUUAGGCCUGAUAUGUUUGCACAACAGUCUUUCCAAAAAUAAGGGCUUGCGCUUUUAAUAAUGCAUCUAGAAAAAGUUAAUAUAGCAGAAAGCAGCAUAAAGGGCAAGUUAAUAUUGAACACAUAAAUUACAAACGUGUGCUGCUUUUGAUUUUUAAUGGCUAGUUCUACUGGGUUUACUAACCUCCAAGGUAACAAAUUAUAAACACAACACAAAACCAAAGCCUUGAGGCCUACUGUUUUCUGUAUUUGAGCACUGGUUUUUGAUGUGUAUAUGUAAGACAGCAGAAGGUAGAUGUCGACCCAGUUUUAAGUUACAGUGGGUAAUUGGAGGGUUUUGAAGGGUUGGAAGCUAAUGCUAACAAUAUACUACAAAAAAUCAGUAGAUUUUUAUUUACCAGUUAUGCAGAUUUAGAAAUUGCUUCCUUACCUGGGGAGCUGCUGAAUUGUAUAUUAUUCAAGCACUAUUUUUCUUUGCAGCUCAGAAUCAAAUGAAAAUAAGAUUAUGCUUCCUAAAAAGUUAUCAUUAUAGGAAUAUUUAUGUAAAUAUUUUAUGCUAAAACAAAUAAAAAGUAU